GAACGCUGCUUGGUUGAAUUCGGUUCGUGUAGCGGCGCCGAGUUUGGUCUUUUCAUUUUAAUGCACUAGUUUAACGCGUGGAUCUCUACCGCGAUAUUUGAAGACUGCCAUGUCUCCCUUUGAGUAAACUGCCAUGUAAUGUACGCUACAUUAUUGUUUGUGCUUAGAGUUUGGUCUUUCAUUGGGAAACACUUUCCUCAAGGAAAACACGUCGCGAUUUGAUGAGGUCAUAAAGAAAAACACAACACGGGCUCAGGUGGUGUCUAUGUCAAGAGAAAACGCCGAACUAGAGGCGAGUUUCAGGAUGGUCCCGCCGCCCCCACCAGGAUCAGUCAUACUCAUCGACUGGUACCGGUCUGCUGACAGCAAGGAGUACUUCAACCGAAUAAAAAACAAGAAGCAACGCAGGCUUUUUGGUCUCCUUGAAGCUCCAGUGCUGCCACCUCACCUGAGUGUUGAUAUUGUUCGGUACAAGGUCUUUAUCUCAGGGAAGAGUGGUGUGGGGAAGACUGCUCUUGCUGCCCGGCUUGCUGGCCUGGACAUUCCGAACAUGCACUAUGAGACCACUGGAAUUGAGACCACAGUGGUGUUUUGGCCAGUGAAGCUGAGAGAUAACGGACAGGUGCUGUUCUUCCGGCUGCAGCUGUGGGACUGUGGGGAGAAUGCCCUGCGCAGGUUCGACCACCUUCUCCCGUCUUGCAAGGAGCAGGUGGACGCCAUUCUCUUCCUGUUCUCCUUCACAGACCGGGCCUCCUUUGAAGAUCUGUCCAAUCAGAUUGCUCGAAGCUCUGAACCUUCAGACAACAUCGUGAAGUUGGUGGUGGGUACAAAAUUUGACCUUUUCAUGCACACGGACGUAACCGAUCAAGACGUCAGAAAGUUCCAGGAAGUGUGGGGGCUUCCCGUGUUCCGCACGGGGGCAGAUGUGGUUGGUGGGUUUGGGGAGGUUGGCCCCCUCCUCAAUGCCCUGGCAGAGGGCCUGUGGCACCAGGACUGCCUGGCGGUUGGGGCAGCGCGCCCAAGCCCGGUCACCGGGCCCGGGACAGAGACCGGGAGCAUGACCAGAACCUGACCGCUGCCCGUGCGUUUCAAACCGAACUUUGCUGUGCAGUGGCCUUCAGUGUGUGGGACCAAACUGUGCAUGUGUGCGGUUGUGCUGCUCGGGGAAAAUGUGACUGUUCUGUUCCUCCCAUGUUUGGGUUGGGAGGAACAGAGCGGUCUGUUUGGGUUGGAUGGAUUCACAGUCUUCCUGUGACAAAAAUUUAGCCCCAAACUUCAGUAAUGAUAGUUCACUCUAAAAUUAAACUUUCUAAUUCUUGAGAAUUUCUAGCUGGAAACUUGCUAUCUUAGCUAGUGUUGGUAACUCUAGGUGCACAUGCAACAUAAGCAACACUUGUAAACCUGCCUUUGUAGUUUGGUAGUAGUUACGCUCCCUGUUUCAUGGUGGAUUCACAAAUCCACCUGUCAACAGCACUUCAUCAGCUGAUUAAUACAGAAAGAAAUGGGAUAAAUGGAGGAGAAGUGUAAUCUGAAGUGUAGAUGGUUGCUCUCCCACUGGCAUCCAUUUUGGGUCAAAAUCCAGUAAAUGGCAGAUUGGAAUCUGCUGCCAUCACAGCAUGAGAGUCUGACAAUGUUGAAUCUGUUGAACAUUUCUGAGCUAGGAAGGGGAAUUUGAAAUAUUUUGGCUGAACUGUUGCUUUAAAAUAUACAGCUAGCAAAUUGUUGCUGUUGUAUGUGUGCUGGUUUGGUCAUUGUUUGAACGCAUGCUUCAGAUCAAUAAUAAUAAUAUAAUUCUAAUCUUCAUUUAGUAAAUUGAAAUUCAGUAGUACAGUAGUAGUACAUCUCAAAGUGCUCUAUAUCUAUGGGACAUUCAAUAAUAUAAAAACACUAAAUAUAAUUAAUAGGUGCGUAAUAUUACAAGCAAUAGUGAAAAAGGAGUCAGGUUUCGGAGUACAGUGGUUUAUUGGGGGAAAAAAUCUAAAUCCCCACUUCAGAAAAUGCAAAUUUGCUUGCCAAAAUAAGAGCCUUCUGGUUACCCUGUGGAGGAGUUUUUGUAUUUAACAGGAACUUUACUUGAAAAUAAUAAAGUUAUUUUUGGAUUAAUUGUAUGACAGAAGACUAAUAAAACUGGAUUUAAAAAUAUA